CACUUGUAUCGGCAGGAUAAAUCAGUAGAAUAAGUCUAAGCAUCGGAAUAAAUCCCGGACAGGAGCUCAUAGAGACUUUGCAGCUAUCUACCCAAAACGAAUGAGCUUCUACAAGAGCUAAAGGAAGAGAAACGGGAUAAAUAAUCGGAGAAGCAAGGACUUUCUUCUUUUUUAAAUCUAUUUUUAGAGGGCAUUUUCAUUUUAAAGGGAUCACUUGAGAUUUCGAGAUGAUGCUGUGUGGCAUUUUUUUGCUGUUUAUGCUUUGGAGUUGUGAAGGCGCAAUAUUGGCAGAGAGUCGGGAAGAUAACAGUGUGUAUGACUUAUUUGAUCUCGCCCGGGUAAACAAGAGACACCACGGAGUGAGUUUGGUCAAAGGCGCAGAUCCCUACAGCCCUGCAUACAAGGUCCUGAAUGCAGACCUGAUCCCCCCAGUCCCCGACAGCUCCCUCAGGGACCUCCUCGACUCCAUCCAGGCUGAAAGGGGCUUCCUCCUCCUGGUCAACCUGAAGCAGUUCAAGAAAACCAGGGGCAGCCUUUUGACCAUUGAGAAGAAUGACGGCUCUGGACCCGUUUUCGAGAUCAUUUCCAAUGGGAAGGCAAACACUCUGGAUGUGGUCUACUCCACCAUGAACCAGCAGCAGGUCGUGAGCAUCGAGGAUGUAGAUUUGGCCACUGGACACUGGAAGAACAUCACGCUGUUCGUUCAGGAUGACCGAGUGCAGCUUUACGUCGGCUGUGAGGAGAUCAGUGCGUCAGAGAUGGAUUUUCCAAUCCAUAAAGUGCUGUCCCAGGAGGUGGCAGACAUUGCCAGACUCAGGAUUGGAAAGGGAGCUGUGAGGGACAGAUUCAUGGGAGUGCUUCAAAAUGUGCGCUUUGUUUUUGGGACCACUCUUGAUGCCAUAAUGAGAAAUAAGGGAUGCCAGAGUGGAGCUACCUUAACCGAUGUCAUGACCUUGGACAACCCAGUCAAUGGCUCCAGCCCUGCCAUUAGGACUGAUUACACCGGCCACAAAACCAAAGAUCUGCAGUCUGUCUGCGGCUUCUCUUGUGAGGACAUCGCCAGCAUGUUUAAGGAGCUCAAGGGACUCGGUGUGGUUGUUAAAAAGUUGUCGAAUGAGCUCCACAAAGUGUAUGAGGAAACCAUACAAAUUAAAAUGAACUUCCCCAAAGGAAAGUGCUUCCACAACGGUAUUGCGUACAAGGACAAAGACGAGUGGACCGUGGAUGGCUGCACCGAGUGCACCUGCCAGAACUCUGCUACUAUGUGUCGCAAAAUCUCCUGCCCUCUGAUCCCAUGUACAAAUGCCACUGUGCUCGAUGGAGAGUGCUGCCCUCGCUGUGGAACACCGAGCGACUAUGCAGAGGACGGUUGGUCCCCCUGGUCCGAAUGGACCCAUUGUUCGGUGACAUGCGGUCGGGGCAUCCAGCAGCGCGGACGCUCCUGUGACCGCAUCAACAACAACUGUGAGGGCACCUCUGUCCAGACCCGUGACUGCUAUCCCCAGGAAUGUGACAAACGCUUCAAACAGGAUGGUGGUUGGAGCCACUGGUCUCCCUGGUCUUCGUGCUCUGUGACCUGUGGUGAGGGGGUCAUCACGCGGAUACGCCUCUGCAACUCCCCCACACCCCAGAUGGGUGGAAGGGACUGCCAGGGAGAAGGACGUCAAACCGAAAUCUGCCAAAAGUCACCCUGUCCUAUCAAUGGAGGUUGGGGACCUUGGUCACCAUGGGACACCUGCACUGUUACCUGUGGUGGAGGAAUCCAGACCCGCAAACGUCUCUGCUCUGACCCUGUCCCCAAAUAUGGAGGAAAGGAUUGCGUUGGUGAUGCUACUAUGUCUCAAGUGUGCAAUAAACAGGACUGCCCUAUUGAUGGUUGUCUCUCUAACCCAUGCUUUGCCGGCACAAAGUGCGCCAGCUUCCCUGAUGGCUCUUUCAAGUGUGGCAAGUGUCCAAUUGGCUACACAGGGAAUGGCAUCACCUGCAAAGACGUUGAUGAGUGUAAAGAGGUCCCUGAUGCUUGCCAUUCACAUAACGGUGUCCAUCGCUGUGAGAACACUGAGCCUGGUUACAACUGUCUUCCCUGCCCCACACGUUUCUCUGGUCCUCAGCCCUUUGGAAGAGGAGUGGAACAGGCAACUGCUAAAAAACAGGUUUGCAAACCCCGUAACCCUUGCCAGGAUGGUAGCCACGACUGUCAUAAAAAUGCAAACUGCAUCUACUUGGGCGUCUUCUCUGAGUCCAUGUUCCGCUGUGAGUGCAAGCCAGGGUAUGCCGGGAAUGGCCGUAUUUGCGGAGAGGACAGUGACCUGGACGGAUGGCCCAACACUGACCUGCUGUGUGUGGAGAAUGCCACCUACCACUGCAAGAAGGAUAACUGUCCCAACCUUCCCAACUCUGGCCAGGAGGAUCAUGAUAAAGAUGGCCUGGGUGAUGAAUGUGACCAUGAUGAUGACAAUGAUGGGAUCCCCGAUGAUAGGGACAACUGCCCAAGAGUGUACAACCCUGCCCAGUAUGAUGCAGACAGAGAUGACAUUGGCGACCGCUGUGAUAACUGUGUGUUCGAGGCUAACACUGACCAAACCGACACUGACAACAAUGGAGAGGGUGAUGCCUGUGCUGUUGACAUUGAUGGUGAUGGCAUUCUGAAUGAGAACGACAAUUGCCCAUAUGUUUACAAUGUGGACCAGAGAGACACUGACAGGGACGGGGUGGGAGACCAUUGUGACAACUGCCCUCUGGAGCACAACCCUGAUCAGAUCGACUCUGACUCAGAUCUCAUAGGAGACAAGUGUGACAACAACCAGGACAUUGAUGAGGACGGUCACCAGAACAACUUGGACAACUGCCCCUACAUACCCAACGCCAACCAGGCAGACCACGACAAGGAUGGCAAGGGUGAUGCCUGUGACCAUGAUGAUGAUAACGACGGAAUUCCUGAUGACAAAGACAACUGUAGGCUGGCCUUUAACCCUGAUCAGGUGGAUUCUGACGGUGAUGGCCGUGGUGAUGUGUGCAAAGACGAUUUUGACCAAGACAAUGUUCUGGACAUCUAUGAUGUGUGCCCAGAGAACUUUGCCAUCAGUGAAACAGACUUCCGCAGAUUCCAAAUGGUUCCUCUGGACCCCAAGGGCACCUCCCAGAUUGACCCCAACUGGGUGGUCCGGCAUCAGGGCAAGGAGUUGGUGCAGACUGUCAACUGCGAUCCAGGCAUUGCUGUUGGUUACGAUGAGUUCAGCGCAGUGGACUUCAGUGGAACAUUCUUCAUCAACACAGACAGAGAUGAUGACUACGCUGGGUUUGUGUUUGGCUACCAGUCCAGCUCACGCUUCUACACAGUGAUGUGGAAACAGAUCACACAGACAUACUGGUCCCACACACCCACAAGAGCUCAAGGCUACUCUGGCCUGUCAAUCAAAGUAGUCAACUCCACCACCGGGCCUGGUGAGCAUCUGAGGAACGCCCUGUGGCACACUGGAGACACCGCAGGACAGGUGCGCACUCUGUGGCAUGACCCCAAGAACAUUGGCUGGAAGGACUUCACUGCCUACAGAUGGCAUCUGACCCACAGACCCAAGACUGGACUUAUUAGAGUGGUCAUGUAUGAAGGCAAAAGAAUCAUGGCCGAUUCUGGAAACAUCUACGACAAAACGUAUGCUGGUGGGCGACUAGGCUUGUACGUUUUCUCUCAGGAGAUGGUUUACUUCUCUGACCUCAAAUACGAAUGCAGAGAUACAUAAUUUUGGACCACAAUACCUACUAGACAGAAUCAGUCUGUCAGUAUGAAUAUAUAAUACAAGACCUGGAUCAAUAUCUCUUUAACUUUUUCUUUUGAGAAAUGCACAUUGGAGGAAUGACGAGCAAGUGAGCUAAUGUGAGGUAAACUGACCUCAGGACUUUAAGCCAAAUGAAAGUUCAAUGAUGAUUCUGCACCACUGCACAAAACUCAAAUUGUGAGCGCAGCUCUGCUCAGAAGAAAUUGGCCCUCUCACUUUGUUGCUCUGAUCUGCAUGGGGGGGCGGGGGGGCAUUUUAUUGCUUUGCACACCUGAACUGUUGUCGUUAUUCCUCUGUGGAUGACGGACCAUGUUUUCAAUUUAAAAAUAUAUAUAUUUUUGAGCAUUAACAUACAUCUGCUGUGGACUCAAAGAUAUUUGUUUCAGUAUGGAGAAAGCAGUGGGAGAACUUUCUUAGGCAGGGGUAAAUAUACCCCUUGAAGGAACUGUUGAGGGACCAUGGGCAGUAUGGACUGACUGUUACUAUCAAAGAGAGUGAAUGUUGUUUGUGUGUUUGUGCAUGUGUGCCACCCAACUAGCAUAGUUAGGAAGACAACCGCAUCAAUUUUUUAUUUUUAUUUCUUUAAAUGACCCCUCACCCCAUUUUCAUGCAAGACCAAGGUCUUGUAUUCAGCCGAGGCUUACGGCUGGCCCAAAACAUUCGUCUUCUCAGGAAAGAGCAGUAGAAGAAACGAAGAGAGCGCAAAAUUCAGGACAGCACAGGGCCUCAAAGCAGGCACACUGAACACUGCUUUGGAACAGUAAUUAUUAGCAAAUAUUAUGUUAUCUAUAUUUUUUUACAGUGAGGGCCAGUCUAUUUCCUGUCAUGAGUAAACCAUUGUUAGUAUGGCUGUUUGUAUUUACUUAUUCAUCAUAGAGGCUUUAAUUCUCGCUCAUCUCUGCAUCUUGCCAUCUUAUAAUGUUGUCAGCAACCUAUUCCAAUUAACUGAAAUCAAUAUCAAUAAUAUAAUGGCAAGAUAUAGCAUUGCAUUUGACCAAAACAGUAAAAAAGUAAAAGAUGGGCAUCACUUACAGUAUGUCUAAAUAUUCUGCUUCUGCACAGUGUGCAUGACUGGUGUGCCUGAGCUUGUGUGUACAUUUCUGACAAGGGAAAAUCAAAGGAAACCCUUUAUGUACAAAUAUUACCUCAUUAAUUAUUUUUGUAUUGAGGCCAGCGAUACACAAGAAUCACUUGUCUUAGCAACAGAGUAUAAAUUGGUUGGCUUCUUUUUUUUUAGCAAGACUUCAGUAUCAUUUAUAUGCUGUAUAUAAGAUAUUUUUGUAGCGAAAGAAGCCCAAUCAGGAACGUAAAGGAUUUAAGGAAUGUUGUCUUGACUAUGUUGUGCUAUAUGUAUUUCUUGUGCAUUUUGAUAAAUUAUUAUGUUUGUUUUAUGUUGAGGUUAUUUCAUUUGUGUAGAUAUAUGCUAUUUAAAUAAUUUAUCUAGAAGCGUAGCCUCAUAUGGAAGCGUUUCUGUCUGUAUAAACUUAUUUGCACACUGA